AUGGCUGCUAAACAAAGCCCCAUGCGCAUGUUUAUCAUGCUGCCGAUGAUUUUCCUCAUGGGCAAGAUCGACUUUGAAAACGAGACGACACUCAUGGCCGCACGCACGGCCUUUUUCGUGUGUCAAGUCACUGCUCUACUCGUGGGGCUCUACCUCAAGCAGCUCAUCGAGCGCAAGCAUGACACGCGCAAGAUCUUCGUGCCCGGCGUUAAGUCGCCUUUCGACCAGUCUCCCAACUACGGAGAGCUGACGGAGACGACGUACGAGGCCCACGAACUGGCCAAGGCCAACGAGUUCAUCAAGCAGACGCUCAUUGGCGCGGGCAUUUCGUCGCUUAUCCACUUCAAGAUGGGCGUCAACCACGUCGUCAUGAUCCAGAGCGUCAUGAUGCCUAUGAAUCUGUGGGACAAUCCUCUCGUACAGGCCUACAUUCUGGGCCGUCGCAAUGGCCGCAUCUGGAACGAGCGUCUCGAGGGCGAAUCGGCUGAGGACGCUGCUGCUGCUGCGGCGGCUAAUUCUUCGGCUGCUACGGCCACAGCUACGACCACGACGGCGUCAUCUAGUAAAAGCAAGAAGACGGACUUGGCCCCGGAGGAAGCCAUCGCUGAUGCACUGGCGGCAGGUGCGGACGCCGACUUUGACGCGCUCUGGACUCUGGUCAAGAGCGAGGUAAACGCCCGGACAGUCGAGGACCAGUGGACUGCACUCAUGGUGGCCUGCGGAUCCCCCGUGGAUACGGACGACUUCAUUAAGAAGGUGGUGAAGGCUGGAGCUGACGUUCUCGCUGUGGACGGAGACGGAUGGACCGCACUGCACUGGAGCGCGUUCCAUGGUCGACCGGAGGCAGCUGAGGCUCUUCUGUCCAGCAUCUCGGCUUCCAAGCGCGAACAGCUGCUGGUAAUUAAAGCAACUGACGGCCGAACGGCAGCUGAGGUCGCUAAGGGCGAAGAGAACGCUGACGUGGUCGAGAUCCUGGCCAGUUUCGCCAAUACUGGAUCUAACGAGCAGGAAUCCACGCUGCGUCAGCGAAAGGCCGGUGCUUCGUCGGUGGAAGACGUGGACUAG